AUGACGAGCUCCCCAGCCACUGGCGACGUUGAAAAACAACAAAUCGGCCUCCAAUCGAGCAUCCCAGAAGAACAAUCCCAGCACCACCAUCACCACGGUGCUCACCUUCGCGAACGCCUUCGACAUUUCCUCCACCCCAGCGGCAAGAAGAUCCACGUCGCGGCGUCUCCUGAAGAAGCCAUCUCCCUCCGCACGCGCCUGGAGCAGAUCCACAGCCAUGAGGAAUUCGACGUGUACAUCUCCGGCACGCCAGAGCACCUGGAGGCGCUGAGGGAUGCGCAGAACCACCAUGAGGAUCGGAGGGAUCAGUUACGGUCGGAGCAUCCGGAGAUGUUUGAGAGGUUUGCCAAGGUUCAUAAUGAGUUGGAUGCGUUGGCUAUGGAGUUGGAUCGCGUUACCACGCAUGGAGUGUCUCUGGACGCCCACUUCAACCGCUUUGGAUACAAUGCCCACGUCCGAAGCUACGACGACGACAGCCCCAGCGCUUCUGGGGUGUCUACGCCGCACUCCUCGUCACUCUCCGACAAGUCCUCAAACGCCUACGAACGAGGCUUCGCCACUCCCUUGAAGCUCUUCAAAGUACCGACCCUGAGACAGUAUUUUCAUGGCGGUAUCCUUUGGAGAGCGUCCGGCUCAGAGGAAGUGCAGAGUUUCGAGUUGUUUGUUGAUCUGCUGUAUGUGGGCAUCUUGCAGAUUCAGGGCGACAAUACGUCGGAGCAUCCGACGGGGUUGUCGCUGUUGCAUUUUAUUAUCACGUUUACGUUGUCGUAUAAGAUCUGGAAUGAUAUGCAGUUGUUCAUCAGCUGGUUCGAAACAGACGACGUCUUCCAACGAGUCUCGAUCCUCUUCCUCCUGGCCUGCCUCUUCGGCUACACGACCAACAUCGUCGAAGCCUGGGAACACACCUACCCAACAUUGAUAGGCUUCUACUUAGCUGCGAGGUUAUACAUGGCCGCAUACCUCCUACUCUGUGGCUACCUCCUGCCUAUGGUCCGCCCGGUCAUGAUCUUCCACAUCAUCAUCACCCUCAUCGCAGUCGCCCUCUGGAUCGGUUCGAUCCAUGUAGGCUGGCCCGGCCAACUCGCGCUCAUUUGGCCGGCACUCUUUGUGGACUUUCUCGGACAGAUGGGGUAUGUCAUCAUUCAGAUGAUCCUCAACAAAACCGGCGGCAAGGCCAAAGUGUGGCUCGACAAGAAGUUCGAGUUCAUCCCGGCUGUCAACAUCGAGCAUCGCACUGAGCGGACGAAUGCUUUCGUCUCACUCGUGUUCGGAUACACUGUCGUCGCCAUCCUCUACCAAAGCGCUACCAACGGCAUAGACGCCUUCUUCGGAAAAGCGAUGCUCGGCCUAGUGCAGUGCUUCAUCUUCAACUGGAUGUAUUUCGAAAUCGACUCCUCCAACCUCUUGACGCACGCGAUUCGAAGACACAAAAUCAGUGCUCUGGCGUGGUCUUUCGCACAUCUGCCUUUUAUCAUGAUGUUCGUGCUCGGAGGAGGCGGUCUAUCUCGACUCGUCGUUGCGAACGAUGCGCCGAAUUCACAUCUUGACUGGCUGACGGAGCAGUACCAAGAGCGAAGUGAGGAGGAUAUUCCCAUGGGCAUUCGCUGGUAUUACUGCGCAGGCUUCGGCAUUGCGCUGUUGUGCAUGGCGCUAAUCUCAGUCUCUCAUGUACAUCGCCAGCAUGAAGGGAUUCGACUGACGAAGAAGUUCCGUUUGAUGGCCAGGCUGGCCGUGGCGAUUGUCAUAAUCUGUUUGCCUCUGGCGGAGCACCUCAACUCUCUGGAUCUCGUGGGUACCGUCACUGGGCUGCUGGUGCUACUCCUUGUUACGGAGCUUUGGGCUGCAUCCAAUGCUCAUGAUAAGCUCUUUGGACGCGCUCGGCCGUGUCGGUAUACGGGUCGUUGUUCCAAGGGCAUGUUGCUCGAGAUGGUGAAGAAUGGCAGGGAGGUGGAUGUCGAUCAGUUGACCGACGACAAGGAGAAGUAUCGCGGGCAUACCGUCGGUCCGUGA